AUGUAUGGGUUAACCAUGCCGGUGGUAUUGGUGCCAAGAUGGCGGCAGUUGUAAAUAGUGACAACUUCAGCGACGAAGAAUGGUUGGUGCAGAGGGCUCAGAGCUGCAUCAAGACAGACACCUAUGCUGCCAAAGCAUGGAUGAUCACAGCCAGAAGUCUAUUCCCCAAAAACUUCAAUAUACAGGGGCAUUCAGCCGUAGAAAACCAUGCCAAGUCAGACUGGAGUCUGGUGCUGCCUUCCAGCAUGCCAGCCCCGUCAAACCACCCAAACCACGCCAGCAUGGAGAAUGGACUGCCAUGUUAUAUUGGCAAACAAUCUUUACUACAAAAUAUAUUGAAAUUGUUACAAUUUGAUUCUUCAUCUGUUUUUAAAUUUUGCAGGUUUCAAAAUUUCCCCCAUGAGCCCAAUCUUUGGGCUGAAUUGCAAUCAAUGUUAGAAGCUAUGCAAUCGGACAACGUUGAUUCAAAGUCUCAGUUACUCACAGACAUAUUUGCUGCCGUGCCAACAAAUGUCCAGUGUGGAAUGUUGCUGUGUAUGGCAAAGAAAAUCAGUGAUAUUCUUGAGCAAUGCCGACUUCUACUUUUGGCCAUGAGGAAAUUCCCAAAUCUGGUUACGGAACAAGGAUUGACAUUAAUAGAAACUUUGAUCUUGUCAGAAUCAAUCACAAACGUACCCUCACCUGUUAAUUGUUACAGGAAAUUGUUAGUAUGUGAUGUGUUGCCAUUGGUUCUUCAGAAAUGUCGGGUGUCUUUUACGUCAGCAGACCUCUACACAUGGAUGCAAAAAGCAAUACAAUUUUAUAUUUCAUACGUCACACAACCACCAAGCCCUUUAGAAUGUAGUACGGCUCCAUCCUCAUCAGAUAUUUUGUCACCAACCAAGCAGUCUAUGAAGAAAUAUCCAUUAAUUGUUGGUUUACAAGAAAAAGAAAGUCAGGUUUCUGAUCCGUGGGGAAGUCUCUUCAAACUGAUCCAGCAAAUAUCAGUUUUACUCAAAUGGGAUAUUGAUCCAGAUUUUUUUUCUAAACCCAGAGACUACCAAUGGCAGCAGAUAUUGAUUUUACACUCAAGAGCAGGACAAACCAAUCAAGAAAGCAGCUAUCACCAGAUAUUAUAUAUGACUGCAGUUGUGUUCCUUAAUUGCCUCUACUCCUAUAUCAGUUGUGUUGAUGCAGAGAUUUUUGUGUCAGGUUCUGCCAUAGGCCUACCGGCACCCCUUGUUCUUUUAGAAGGAAUUAAAACAGAACGGUCAAAUUCCGAAACGAAAGUAAAGAAGCUUCGACCAGAGAUUCAGACUUCUUCUUACCCUCAUGUUACAGCUAGUGCUGAAAUUCCAGAUUCUCAAAUGAUCAUCAAUCAUUUUAUAAUUGCUCACAAAUGUUACGAAUUGCUCCAUUCAAACGAUAUUUUACAGAGAGGUUUUAUAAAGCUUUGUCAGAACUGGCAGUCUGAGACAUGGUCAUGGAUGGCUCAUUUUCAAACAGACAUGUUUAUUUAUCAGGGUUUAUUCCAAGAUGCUGUGAGUAAUUUACAAAAUUUCCAGAUUAACUUGUCAGAAAAAAUGCAAUUACGGAAAUCGUUACAGCUUGCCUCCUGCUUUCAUUGUUUGGGUACAUAUUCUAAAGCGUGUGAACUCUUACUCGAUAUCAUCGGAUCUCUGAAGCAGUUUUCAAACUCUGAUCCCCUGACUUCAACUCAUUCGAUCGAAGAAGAAAGCAAAAACAAGAAACUAACCCCUGGUCGCCAGCUAUGGCUGACCUUAUGCACCGAGAUAGAAAUCCUGUCUUAUUGUAUACAACUGCUACUCUCUUGUUUUAAGGAAAAAGCCUUCCAAACCCCAAUGGACGACACUGCCUUAGGUCACAUGAUUGUAUUGCUCCAAUAUGAUUGGCCCAAAAAUUAUGCUGCUUUUGCAAAAGCAGUCCAUUUUAUUCAAUCUCGAGGUAGCUUUACAUACAAUAUAUUUUUCAACUACGUCAUCAACAUUGAUAUUUUGGAAGAAUUUGCUUUUAUUAAAACUGCUGAAGGUGGAAAAGUGAGCCUGGAUAUCUUGCCAAUAAGUACAAAAGCUAUUGCACAGUAAGUUUUUUUUUUUUAUU